AGCCGCCGGGCUGCCGCAAAGCGCCUGGCUGAGCCAGGGGCCGGGGUGAAGGUGUGCGUCGCCCCCGGGGGCGGAGAGGCCAUCGCCGGCGGGGCGGGGGUAAGGCAGCCGCCUGGCCGCGUUACACGUCUAGGGCGGCUGGGGCUACGGAGAAGAAGAGGAGGAGGAAGAGGAAUAGAUUAUUCAUGACAGGAGGAAGGGCGCGCUUUUACAGCGCUGGGCUUGCGGAGCAGGAGCGCCCACGGCUCGCAGGUGUUGCAGGGGUGCCUGGCCCGGCAGCGAGGAGGAGCUGCUGCGCCCUGCCCUGCCUUGGACAGGUUUUGCUGGAAGCUGCGCCUAGAGCGAAAGUAACCCUCCUGCCCUCUCAGUAGUGGCAGUCCCCCUCGUCCCCCUUCGGUAUGAGCAGCCCUGUGCAGGUGCGUGGGCUUGUAUUCUUUUCGCCCGCCACGCGGUCUUGGACGGUCACAGGAAAGGUUGUACAAGCGGGCACGGAAGCACCGUGCCGGCGACGAGCUCAGACAUCCCUUCGCUUGCAGGGCUGGGGAUCACGUUAGGACCCAUGUACUUGAAAACGAUUUGUUUCCCAGGACCAGGGAAGGUGAAGACGUGCUUAAAGCACAGAGUGUAACCUCUGUGUUUCGCCCAUCUGUAUCCGUCUGGAUAAAGUCAGCACCGUUUUGUUCCUCAACCUGCCGGUGGAAUAUUUAGGGAUGCAUAAAUAAAAACGGUGGUAUGGUGCUUUUGGCCAAAUCAUUUGCAACAUCCAAUGAUCUAAAUUCAGACUAGAACCUUGUCCAUAAUCUUGGGCAUAAAUAACUAAAGCAAGAGCGUUAAAUGGGUUCAACCUUCCACUGCAAGCUAUUAAUACCGGCCGCCCCGUGCAGCUUUGCCCGCCCCCCGCAUAGGGUGGCACCUUUCCCGGCUCUUCUUGAACUUUCCACUCUCUCCCUCCGUUUUCCCCCUGGGUGCUGGGCUCUGGGCGGGUGCGGUGGCACCGCAGCCUCGCCUGCCAACCUGCUGCAGACGCUCCUCCGCGCCGCCGGCUCCAAAAAAGCGCCGGGGCUGCGGAACCGCGUCUGUACCGCACAUACUCGCUGAGGGGCGGAGGGAUGGACAGCCGCCUGCUUCUUGUGCGCGUUCUGCCUUUGCAUCUUCAGCGUGAUGUUUGAGCCUUCAUUAACAAAACCGGGUACUGAGGGUGAAAGGAAGGGGGUUCGCAGGCAGGUGUGCAGUGUUCCGGAGUUACUUUUCCCUCUCAGCACCGGCCCAUACAGUGCAGACCUCUAAGUUCAGAAGGGAUGCCUGGGAAGGCUGCAGAAAGUUUGGCAGUGUGCGAGCUUGCUCUGUGAGUCCUGAUGCUGCACGCAACCUGGAGUUGUUCUGUGCCAGUAUAAAGCUGUAUCUGUGCAUGGUGCACAAAAACUCCAGCACCCUUAGGUGGGCUCUGCUGAUGCCGAAGGAAAGUAGUAGCAAUAGAGCCUAAAUAAAGAACCUGUAGUUACUUCAGCAAGUGGGCAUAAACUGCAAAAUCUACAAGUUUCCCCUGAGGAGGAGCCUGCUUUUCAACCCCAAGCAAACAUACACUUUAGUGCACUUUCAAACUGAGUAAGCAGGGGGAAGGUGGAGAAGGAGAGAAUUGUGGUUUCUGUGUGCAUUUGGUCUAGAAGCUUCUAGCUGCUUUCAGUUUGCAAUUUAACAUGGAUGAGUUAUUUGAUUGCAGAUUAGAUCUGUAGGAGGUUUUGUACAUGGACUCUAGACCCUGAUACACUGAGGAACACAGAGAAGCAUCUAAGCUGGUUCUGGUCCAGCAGGUCUAGCAGGUCUUGUUAGGGGAGGCACAGCAAAAAUAUAGGAGAUACUUCUUCAUCUAAUGAGUCUGUGUGGCACUGAAUUUACAUUCUCCAGUCAGUACUAACACACAAGUUCUCUACAAUCCCAAUUCAUCAGGUCUGACCUCUCUCUUUUCAUCUAAAUUUUCUAAUAAUAGAUCAACUAUAGUUGGUUUAAUAUAAAUUUUUGCAGAUCACCUGCCUCAUGUUUGGCAAUGAAGUUUCUGUUUGAAGUUUCUGAUACUUUUUCAGCCACAUAUUGUAUAUGUCAUAAUCCAGCUUUUGAUAAUUGCAGUAUGUAGAAAUGAUGCCAAAUUAUCUACAACUGCCAAACAUGCUAGAAUCAAGUUUAGGAAAGUGAUAAAUAGUAGAAAGGAAAGGAUACCUCUUAGUGGAGAUCGCUUGCAGAUGUUAUAUGUCUCAUAUUUUCAGCCAUCUCCCUGUUUUUGGCAUAGCAGUGCAAACUCUUACAUAAGUAAUUUAAAGCAGGUACUGCAAGCUAUGUCCCUUAGUAACUUUCUAAGACUACACAGAUACUGUUUAAGGCCUUCCUUAAGGGCUGUAUGGGCAGAGUUUUAUGGAUCAGGGGACAGAGAUAGUAGCAAAAAGACAGUGAGUAUUUUAGAUUAUGUCAAUGUCAUAAUGCUUUUGUUAGGGUAUGGAUGGAGGGAAGGCAUUUUAGAAGAGGAGAUGCCUUUAAGGCAUUAUAAAGGAGCUUUGUGUCAGGCCUGUUCUCAGAAGAUACAUUGUAGAGACAAUUUUGAAACUAAAGACAGUCACUAAGGAAGAUGGGAGAAUACAAAGAAAAGAUUUCAGAGCUUGAUGGGUAUGCUUAGGUGAAGUGAAAAUGAAAAAUCUGGCAAUAGCUUUCAGGCAGAGUGGAAGACAAGUGAGAUGAUUGCCUCAAACAGCAAAGACUAGCCCAGGCAGUAAAAUGUCCUGAAAAAUAUCUAAUUGCAGCAAGAGUCUGAUACAGCCUCCCAAAACACAGAGCCAAUCUAAACCUGGUCAGCAACAUGCUAGAAUUAUGAAUAGGCUUAUUCAAAGACUAGCUAGAGAUAACAAGGUUUGGACAUAAAACAUAAAAGAUGGCAUGGGGCAACACAGCUCAGCUGGAACUUUGUUGGCAGGUCCUACACAGGCAAGGGCAGGACUCAAGGUAGCCUGUAGCCCAUCAAGAAGGGAGGAUCUUUGGGUUGCUAUCAAAUGGUUGACUUCCUGGGUAUGUCAUGGCUCGAGUCACUGCACUGUGUGGGUUGACCGAAGCCCCACCAGGACAGGCUGUGGCCUCAAGUUCAGUUGCCCAGCUGUGUUGAUCAUGCUGGCACUGCAGACUCACUGGAACUAGGAAAAGGAGUGAGGAAUGCAUAUCUGCACAAGCUCAAAGAUGGCAUUAUGAGAUAACAGCAAACAGAAUAACCAAAAAAGGAAUGACCGUGGCUAUUAAUUUGUGAUUGGAACAGGAACUGAACCCAAGCUCAUCAUGAGCACUGUUUUCACGCUUGAUUGGCCUGGAAGGGCUGAGCACAGGGUGUAAGAAAGGAAUAAAGACAGAAGCCACACACUGUAUCGACUUGGACUCACCACCAGCUUGCAGAUGGACUUACAGCCCAGCCAUCAACAGGGACACUCCUGAUGCCAACUGUAAGGGAAGACAAAAUUCAACCCUGUGUGGCUUGAGUGUGGUGAAGACAUUCCGGGGGAAACUAGGACCAAAAGGAGAGCUCACAGGACAUGAACGAGGGCAAUAAUUUGUGCACCCAUAUUAUUUGAAAUAAGGCUUUAAAACUUUGUUCAAUUGUAAAUAUCUAUCUAGCUGCAAUAAUGAAGAGCUAAGUAAAAUUGUCAGGUUUUUUAGGUAGUUUUUUUAAGAAUAUUGUUUGGUUAGUCUCAGAAUCCAAAAGAAACCCAAGAUGUUGAUGUGUCACACUUAUGCUGAGUUGGAAAAGAAUAUGAUUUAAGACAUCAGGGAUAGCUUGUAGUUACUUCUGCUUGUUGCAUUAUAAAAUAUGACAGUGAUAAGGAGGAAAUAUGCUGGGUAUAUAGAAUUGCACUUUUUUGUUGCAAGGAGUAAUUCUAUCCUUGAAGUCCACAGUAGGGCACAAACCUUCAUCAGUCUAACCCUAUCCCGUUAUUUUGUGUGACGUGCCUGUGACAGGCUAUUAAGAAUGUCACCUGCUGCGUACCACCUGAACUAUACCCUGCCUGUUUUUCAUUCUCAGCUUCGCUGAGCUGUCCCAGUAUCCCUGCUUUCCCUUGCUCCCCGGCAGUGUAAAGCAAAUCAAUUCCUGUCCUUUUAGUUUAGAAGGGAUAAAGUUGUUGGUUUUCCUUAUCCUUUACCGCAUCAUUACAGACUGUAGUAGAUAGUCAUGACCCACAUGCAAGGAGCAUCAGACCUCUUUUCUGUUCCUUUUCAAAUGAAAACAUAGUGAUACACUCAUUUCCUGCUUUAAAACCGAGCAACAUUUAAAGGGGCGUGACCUGAGUUGUAGUAUAGCAGGCAUGCAUGAGACUCAACCCUCCAGCACUGGAUUGGAAAAGGGCUCUCUGUAUCUGCAGUUCCCUGGGAUUUCUGAGCUGCUCUGCUCCUUGUUCACCAACAGAUGUCAACAUUUUUCUAAAACUAUGGGCUGUAGGACUUGCAGAUAGGCAAGGUUUAAUUUUUAAAAAAUUAUUUCCUGGUAUGGUUAUGAUUUCUUCUCCUUUGCUUCUGUACAUUCCCUUCUAUUUUUUAGUAAUUUCAUUUAUGUAAUAUAUACACUGUCCUUUGUUGAUCACAGAUGUAGAUUUUCAAAAAGACUAAACAGCAAUUUUUUUGUAUAGACAUCUCUUCUGAUUCAGCAUAUUCCUGUCUUUACUGUUCAUAGCUCAUCAGCCUAAUUUCAAUUCAUAGAAAGUUAAUAAAAUUAAUUUUAAUUAAGAUGUUAUUUACCUUUCCAGAUGCAAAAUUAUUUUAAAAUGCCUAGUCAAGUUUCAUCAGCUGCUUUCAUUUUGUUCUUUCCUUGCCUUAAAAGCAAUCAAGAUUACUAGACAAAUGUAUGUAUAGACAUUCUGAUUUUAUAUUUCUUUGCAUCCUGUUAGCCAGUGAGUCUACCCUAAUGUGUGUAUGUUAAUACCACCAGAAAGGAUGGGCAAUUCAUGUUUGGUUUUUAUUCCUUAAAGCACACACAGCAACAUUUCACCAGGCUUAGAAAUUGUAAUGUUUUGUCAUCUAUUGCUGUGAAGUGCCAUAUGAAAAUAACACCAAUAACAGUAAUUAUGGAUAGCAAUUGCCUGACUGAUUCUCCUGUACUUUUACUAAAAGAUACUCUUUUUAAGGUUUUAUCAAUUUUCAAUCUCUUUCCUAAUAACUCUUGGGAUUGUAAUUGUAAAAAAAAAAAUAAAUACAGUAACUUUCUUUGUUAAUUUCUUUCUUGAUCUAAUUUUAGAGUUCUCAUUAAUUUGCAACCUAAUCUACUUCUUUGGCUCUAUUUUCCUAGGAUGUAUUUAGAUUUUGAUUUUUUAAAUUUUAUUAUGUAACCUUGGAAAGGUUUUCUUUUAAUGUAUUUUUUUCUAAUUUUGUCUUUCCAUUCAAGCUUUCCUGCUUGGCUGCCUGCACCUUCUCCAUCUCUCUUCUCUGGCUGUGUCAGGGGAAGUUCAGAUUGGAUGUUAGGAAAAUGUUCUUUACAGAGAGAAUGCUUGGUCAGGCACCAAACCUGUCAGAGUACAAGAAACAUCUGGGCAAUGCUCUGACUCAUAUUGUUUAGUUUUAGGCGGUCCUGUGAGAAGCAGGGAGUUGGACUUGAUGAUCCUUACAGGCCCCUUCCAACUUGAGAUAUUCUGUGAUUCUAUGAUCUGCACUAGGUGCCUUCUUUUGCCGUAGUUUUGAGCACUUUUUAAGAAAGCUGGUUGUCCAAGUGUUGUGUUCUCUUUUGUGUGCAGUCAGUUGCAUCUGAAUCUCUUGCUUUAUCUCACCACCUUUUUUGCCCAUUGCUUGAUCUUUACAUCUCAUGGCUUACUGCUUUAGCUUACCUAACAUAUCCCAGUGGUGACUUCAGGGUGCUUAUACUUUCACAGGUAUAGGGCAAAGAAUGUUCAGUUCUGGGAGUUGUCACAUCCACGGAAACACAAGUUUGAGCCCAUUCAGAAAUGGACCAGCCUCACAGUUACCCUGGAUGCUGUAUGCAUGGGAGCACACACUGGCUAAGACCAAGUUCCUGGUCCUCCAGCAGUGCAGGCUACUGAGCACAUUACUGCCCCAACACCAGCCCAGGCUCUCUCUUGAGUGCUUAGACCAGCUGCAGAGCCCGCUUAGUCUUGCAAUGUAGACACUGCUUUUCUUUAUAAGAACGUACCAUAGAACUUUGAAGCAUCCUCACAGAUUUUAUGUAUGUUAAAUUUGUAUUUGUGCUACACAGCACACAAGUCACAGAAUCACAGAAUGUUUUGGGUGGAAGGGAUUUCAAUGAUCACCUAGUCCAAACCCCCUGUCAUGGGCAGUGAUACCUUCUAUUAAACCAGGUUACUCAAAGCCCCAUCCAACCUGACUUUGAACACUUUCACUGGUGGGGCAUCCACAGCUUCUCUGUGCAACCUAUUCCAGUGUCUCCCUACUGUUCCUGUAAAAAAUUUCCUCAUUAUAGCCAAUCUAAAUUUACCCUCUCUCAGUUUAAAACCUUGUUGAUGAUGAAUAGGUAUAAUGAAUAUAGGUAUUUUUGUCUCUUCGGCAAAUGCCAAAUGUUGGCAUUCCUCUCCUUGCUCAAUUUGUCAAAAAACAUGUGAAGAAGAAAGAGCCCACCAAUUCCUUACUAGCUGCAGGGUUUGCAGCAUACUUGGGUUUUGGUUAUUGUGUAGAAGACAGGUGGACUGUAAAUCUGAAAUAGAGAAAAGAGUGGAAAGCCCAUGGGUCCACUCUAUUUAAGAAGAACAGCCAAGUCCCUAGGAAUUGUGUGUCUCCCUCACUUAGGCUGCCUGUGUUCUUAACACGUGAUCCACCCCACUGGCUGUCCUGUGUCUUUUGUCCUGUUCCUCACAGGUUCUCCACAAUCCCAUACUUUUGACUCAUGAAGAUCCUCACAGGGUUUACAGGGACCUUAAAGGCUCACCCGGAGUGACUGACCACUUGACACACAAAAUCUGUUCCCUUACUCACCCUUAGGGCUCCCUCUGGUCAUCUGUCUCACAGAUAUUCUUCCUGAGUGGACCAAGGGGUAUUCCUUCCUUUGUAGCACAUCUCUUUUGCUUGUGUGUGAUGGCUUCUGGACAGCAGAUGAUACGAUCUCAAGUCUGUAUUUAAUGAAAUCCGAUUACCUUUCACGGCAUUUUUGUCCCUUUCCCAGAGGCAGAAAAAAGGCUAUGAUAGAGUUAGGCAUCUUGCAGGAUUUAUAAAUGUAUCCUCCAAUACCUACUCUCAAUUUUCUCAGCUCUGCAGGGAGUAGGAACUGUCUGGAGGUGAGAGGUAUAAGGGGCAGAAGGGAAGACAAGGGAUCAAAAAUCUGUCUGAGACACUGUCAUAGAUAAUUUGUACUUCCAUGUUAAGAAGGAAGGCAGCUAGCAGCCAAGAUCUUCCCCUUCCUUCUGUGUGUGCCCAACAGUAGUUGUUUCCUCCUGACUGACACAACAGACAUACAGAUCAGUCCUCUGUAGCUUCCUUCAAUUCUUGUUAGCCAUGUGUGUUCUCUGUCCCUGCUGUGUUUUCUCCCAUCUCUCUCUUGAAAGAGAUCAUCUGUAGUUGUGUCUGUUCUGGGUCUAGUGAGUGCACUUCCUUCCCUCUCUCCACACUGAAAUGCUUAACACAACUGAAAUGGAGAAACUGUGAUUACAUAGGAAUUGGAAAUUCUCUUAUAUAGUGACAAUUGCUUUCAGUCGAGAGAGUUAAAAUCCUUUGCAAGGCAGCCACACCUUGCUCUGGAUAAAUGCCAGGGAGCAGCAGUCCUCCCAGAUCCAGAGUCUAAGAUGUUAGCUUUCACAUCCUGUGAUAAGAAGAAAGGUGGGGGCUAAGAAGUUUUCUAAGUUUACUUCAAAUCUAGUCCUGUAGGGUAAUCAUCAUGUAGAACACCCGAAGAACAAUUCUAAGCACAUAUACAGGCUACAUGGAGAAUAAAUUGAGAGUAGCCCUUCUGAGAAGGACUUGAGGAUGUUGGUCAACAAGAAGCUCAACAUGACCUGGCAAUGUGUUGCAGCCCAGAAAGCCAAUCAUGUCCUGGGGUGUAUCAAAAGCAGUGGGACCAGCAGGUUGAGGGAGGGGAUUCUGCCCCUCUGCUUCACUCUUAUGAGACACCACCUGGAGUACUGCAUCCAGCUCUGGAGUCCCUAGUGCAAGGAAGGCAUAGACCUGUUGGAAAAAGUCCAGAGGAGGGCCACCAAGAUGAUCGGGGAGCUGGAGCACCUCUCAUAUGAAGACAGGCUGAGAGAGUUGGGGUUGUUCAGCCUAGAGAAGAGAAGGCCCUGGGGAGACCUUAGAGCCCCUUCCAGUACCUGAACGAAACUACAAGACACCUGGAGAGGGACUUUUUACAAGGACAUGGAGUGAUAGGACAAGGAGUACUGACUUUAAACUGAAAGAGGCCAAGUUUAGAUUAGAUGUUAGGAAGAAAUUCUGUACUGCGGGGAUGGUAAGGCACUGGAACAGGUUUCCCAGAGAAGUUGUGUGUGCCUCAUCCAUGGAAGUGUUCAGAGCUGGGUUGGAUGGGGCUUUGAUCACCUGGUCUAGCAGAGUGGAGUGAACAGCUCAUCAGCAUCAAUCCUUAUUCAGACAAAAUAGCUUCUCAGGUCUUGUUUUGCCCCCGUUUUCCAUUGUUUCAGGCCUGCAGAAACUUAUUUGCCCCAUUGCUUUUGUUCUCCUGAGCCACACAGUCCAGUGGACAGAGAGGGGGUCAGGUGCCAUCUUGCCUUUGUCUGAGAAAAUGACGGCGGGUGCUCUCUGUGGGAAGUGUUUUUGUUUGUUCGGCGGUGGAUACGCUUUUGUGAGUAGGGCACUCUCUCUUUUGUUCCCUCUUUAAUUGAUACUGAUGUGGUUAUGGCAAGUUUUUCAGGAAAAUUGUGAUUCCAAGUUGUGGCCUCUCCAAGUGUUUCCUCCGUUGUUGUAAGGGAUCAGGGAAGUGGGCAACUUGAGUGGGGUUAAUUUUCCUGCUGGGUUUUUAAACCAGCACAAUGGGAAGUGUAGUUUUUGUCCUAUGUUAAUCAGCAUGUUUGACUCAUAAAUCUCAUGUUAAACAACAGUGGAGUCUCAUGAUAGUUUGGAUGGAAAAACAGAGCUUCCAGGCAUGUCCAGAGGAUAAGAAAUGAGAAUGAUACUGUCAUUCUUGAUCAGGUUGCUGUUUCUAAGUACUCUGGGACUUGUGGCAAAUCCAAAUCAAGGAUGCAGCUGCUCCAGGACUUACCAUUUUCCUGCGUUUGCCUAACAAGUAUUUGCUUUCAGGGUAGCCAAAUAUGAAAUGCAUGUGAAGAUUGGUGUUGGCACAGGAUGCUGCCCAGGAAAGGGCCACGCCCCCGUGAUGCAGCUCCUUUCAUGCAGUAAGUGUUGCGUUCCAAGUCACUCCUCUGAGUCCUGAAUGACAGAAACUGCGAGAGAGUGGGUUGUACUCUCUGUCUCAAAGUCUUCCUGUUUGCACAGUCACAGCUGCUGCAGCUCGACAGAAGACAACCUCAGGGAAAAGCUAAGCCAAACUUUCAAACUGAGGGAGCCUUAAUAGCACGUAUCACCCAUAGACCCCAAAGGGGUAGGCAAUCAAGGUUAGUACCACCCUCCUUACCUCGUAGAUGGGAAAACAGAUGAAACGAAGCUACAGAAAAGAGAAAUUAUUUUCUUGAGAUUGCAAAGCAUUUUGGAUCAGAGAACUAGGGCAUGAAUCUCCUGUGCCCAGACCUGCUCUCCUAGGUACUGUGUAACUUAAACUGAAGUUAUUUCAGGGAGCUGGUUGUCUCCAUUGUUUGUGCUUGCUCUCCCCCAGCCUCAGAGCAACUUCUAAUACUAAGCAAGAGCUUAUAGGGCCUAAGUGAAGGUAGAAAAAUACAACUUUGGAACAGCAUGUUGCAGCAACUGUGUGUAGCUCUGUACAUAUCCAAUUAGGAGCUAAAAUGCAUGUUUGAAUUAUGUUGUGUUUUCUGUUGAUACAAUCUUUUCAUUUUCUGGGUGUUUCCGUGUAAACCACCUCUACUAAGCAAGUUCCUAAUAGACUUCCUGGAACCUCUGGCACUCUCCCUCUCCAAAUAAAUUGUUAAUGGGAAAGUGAAUACCUGUAUUUCCCUAUUUUGUCCCAUGGUGCUUAGCAGAAUUUGUUGAAGCAGUCAUUUUCUUUGCCUCCAUCAUCUUGAUAUACUUGUCACUUUAAUUUUUUAAUUUUUAAAUUUAAAUUUUAAAUUUAAGUUCAAUUUAAAAUAAUUUUUAAAAUUAUUUAAAUGGUAAAUACUGUGAUAACAAAGCAAAAAAAACAAACAAAAAAAAUACCAAAUCCCCCAAAAAGUUGUGUCCACAAAGCUGAUUCCUUUUUGUUUGGAGUUCCUACUAGACAAGAAAAUUACUCCACAGGGUUGUUACAGCUGUCCUUUAUUGCUAAGCCAUGCUGUAAUGGAUGUUGGUCUUCUCUCCACCAGAUAGGAGCUUCCUGAAGAUGAAACCCUCUGCCAUCUAUGAGCUGUUAGUGGACAGUGUUGGGCCAUGGGACUUCACUGGUGGUUUUGUUCCUUGUGAACUGCUACUUGUCGGAGAGGAUGCCUACCCUGUGCUCCUGAGUGCUAAGAAGCAAGUUCUGAUUGCUGUUUCACAGUAUGGGAAGGGCCGGAUGGUGGUUGUUUCCCAUGAAGGAAUCUUGAAGGACUCCAAGUUUUCCCAGUUCCUCAGAAAUGCUGUGGAGUGGCUUAAGCCUUGCCCCGAGGCCCUGGUUGGCGUUCAUUCUCGGUUGGAUUCCCUCUCCCAGGUGCUGCUCAGGGCUGGCACUAAAGUACAGGCUGGGGCAGAGCUCAGCCCCUCCCUGGGAGUGUACUGUGUGGAUACCUAUGACAGCUCGAAGGCAAAAGACCUGGUUGGCUUUGUAAAAGGGGGUGGAGGGCUCCUCAUUGGAGGCCAAGCCUGGCACUGGGCUAGUCAACAUGGCAAGGAGAAGGUCCUGUUCGAAUUCCCUGGGAACCAGGUGACCAGCGUGGCUGGCGUGUACUUCACAGGAAACUCUGUGGAAAAAGGCAUCUUCAAAGUAGCUAAGAAAAUUCCCAAGAUCCCAUUAGUUGUCCCGCACCAGGCCAACCUCAGCCUUGAUGCUGAGUUUCUCCUGCGUGAUGUGCUGGAGCUGGACUUGAUGACGGGGGGCAUUCCCUCCACCUUGCUGGUGCAUGGUGUACUCUCCUUCCCCCUCUGCCUGGACAGCUCGCACCGCUGCCUCUUGGCUGCAGCACACUAUGGCCGAGGCCGUGUUGUGGUGGCAACCCACGAGAGCCACCUGUUCUCCCCAAAGCUGGCCAGAUUCCUGCUCAAUGCUGUCUGCUGGCUGGAUGCCGGGAGAAAGGGGCUGGUGGGUGUGGAUCCCAGCCUGAAGAAAACGUGUAGUCUCCUCUCUGUGGAAGGGGUGAAGUCGCAGGUGUCACAGCUGACAGGUGACCUCAGCGUGUACUGCUGCUCUUCUUACAGCGACAGAGAGGCGGAAAGGAUUCACGCUUUCGUGGCAGAGGGAGGUGGCCUAUUGGUGGGAGGCCAGGCCUGGUACUGGGCUUCUCAGAACUGUGGCAAAGCUGCUGUGGCAGAAUAUCCUGGCAACAAAAUCCUGAACCGCUUUGGGCUGAGUAUCCUGGAGCAGAGUGGCCAGGCGGCCAAGCACCGGCCCGUGGGGCCUGGGGAGCACUACCACUUCCGCAAGGCACUCCUGCUCUUCAGCACGCAGGUGAACAAAUGUGAGGAGCUCACGGAGCCCCUGAAGGACUGGCUGCACUGCCUAGCACGGGACUGUGCUGCCUUCCUGCGCAUCCCAGCCCACGACUGCCCAGCAUAUGCCUCGCUGCACCGCAUCCUGACCAAAGUGCUUCAGAGAAGUGGGAUCCCACAGGUCAGCAGGCACUACCCUGUCAAGAGAAACUCCAAAGAGGCAGUCCUGCUCUGCAUGGCAACCGAGCUGUCCCUCACCAUGACAGACAGUGCAGCCCUGGUGCAGAAAUGUGCUGCUGGGGUCUGUGCCCUCCCUGUCACUGUGGAAAUUGAUGGCACAAACCCAGGUGAGGAGUGUAUCUCCUACAAACCCCCUAACAACUCGUACCCCAGGGUACUUGCACAGUACAAUGGCUUUGGCAAUAAAGCUUCUUUAGGAAACCCUGUGCUCUACACUACAGGUUGCUGUUGUCAUAGUUGUGCUGAUACAGCCAUCUAUGGAGGCAUCCUACAAAGAGGUGAGACAGCCUGGAGGAGUACAGGACUCUACCUCCCUGAAGGGCACACAGCAGUUAUAACAUGCCCAUGCCUAGUGGUCGGUGCUGGUCUGAAGGUGCAGAUUGGGUGUCACACAGAUGACCUCUCUAAUGCCAAAGAGCUGAAACGGGCACCAGUGGUAAUACGCACCUGUGAUGUUGCCUGCCAGAAGCAGUCCAUUUCUUGCCUCUGGGGUGGCCUGAUUUACAUCAUAGUACCAGCAAAGAGUGUCCUGGGGAAGGUGCCCAUCACAGUGGAAGGGGCAGUCAGAGCUCCUUUCUUCAAGCUUGGGGAGACCUGUGAAAGCCAGUGGAAGGCCUGUAUCCGACACUACCCUGCUCCCUGGGCAGAACUGGCUGUUGAGAAUCUUAUCCUGACGGUGCCCUCCGACAGCAUCCGCCACAUGGAGAACCCACGGCCGCUGCUGACCCUGUGGAAUGAGAUCAUGGUGGCAAUAAGCAAAUUGGCAGCCAUACCAACAAAAUUCCCAAGGCCAGAGAGGAUUGUAACAGAUGUCCAGAUCUCAUGUGGCUGGAUGCACUCUGGUUAUCCCAUCAUGGGCCACCUGGAUUCGGUGAAGGAGAUAUUAGAUAUGAAGCAUAUGCAAACUACUGGUCUUUGGGGUCCUAUCCAUGAGCUGGGACACAAUCAACAGCAGCAAGCAUGGGAAUUUCCCCCUCAUACCACAGAGGCCACGUGCAACCUCUGGUCUGUCUAUGUUCAUGAGAAGGUGCUGGGGAUUCCCAGGCAUCAGGCCCAUGAGGCCCUAAAAUCACAGUGUCGGAAGGAAAGGAUAGAAGAGUAUCUGAGGAAAGGUGCUCAAUUAAAGGACUGGAAGAUGUGGACUGCUCUGGAGACAUACCUGCAGUUGCAGGAAGGCUUUGGUUGGGACCCCUUCACCCACCUCUUCUCUGACUACCAGAAAAUGUCCACCAUCCCAAAAGACAACCCUUCUAAGAUGAACUUGUGGGCACGGAAGUUUUCUCAGCAGGUGAAUAAAAAUUUGGCUCCAUUCUUUACAGCCUGGGGAUGGCCCAUCAAGAAAGAGCUGUCUCUGGAACUGUCCUCUCUACCCAGCUGGGAACAGGACCCAAUGAGAUCCUAUAAACCAUAAAGGAAAACUAUCUAAAUCUUGAUUCUCAUACUAGCUAUGGCCUAUCUUUUUCUCCUUGUGUGCUGCAUGACAGCUCACUAUGUGCUUAGAUUUACAAUGGAUUCUUCAGCUUCUUGCUGACAAUGGAGAGCAACCCCAACAGAAAUUCAACAGGAACUUGUCUGCAGAUCAGCAAUCUAAGCUAUCUUCUGAAAGAUUAAAUAACCAAUGAGCUUUGUUCUGUGUUCUUCACCUCAGGACGAAUGUAAUUCUGAGUUUAUUUAGUUCCUACAGAGCCUUUCUCCGAUGAAAUGGAAGUUUUCAGGGUGAAGCAGUCACUGGAACAGUCUCAAGGACAGUAUUAAGGGAAUAUAGAUCUUUAAAGCAAAUAGUAGCCUCCACAAUGUUGUACUCUUCAGUCAUAACCUCAGUGACAUGAGAUUUUCACUAUUGUUUUUCUUACCCUAAAAUCCCUAAUUUUUAAUUCCUCUAAUUAUGCAGAACUUCCACACCUACUAUUAUGAUAGUGACCUUGUAAUGUUUAUAUACAGGUUAUAUAAUACAUAACUGAUACUGAAAUGCUGUAGAUUUCUUCCUACAUUCUAUGACUCUGUGACCCAACAUGCAGCUUCGUGUGUAUAAGUCAAUUAUAAGUUGUAGCUGUCACUCUUAACCAUGGCCUGACAAUAAGACACAUGCCAAUGUAGAUGAGAGAGUGGAAGCAAAGAGGUGACUUGAUUGUAGUCAGUAAUGGUUUAACUCAUGGGCUCAUCAAAAGUUAAAACACAGGCACUGAUCUGACAGCAUGAGGGAGCAGAGAGAAGGAAGACAACUGUUCAUCAAGACAGUAAAAAAAGACCAGAAUAGAAAUUACUCAAAUACUUGUUACAACAGCUUUUCAUUUCUGUGUUGGCUCAGAUGUAGUUCUGAUUUCCCAAUGAUUUAUCGGCCUAAUAUUUUACUUUGUCUUUCAAACUUUUUUCCAUUCUUAUUGACAACUAGUAUGAGUUUAUCUUCCAACAGAAUAAAUGCAGAGGCCAUACAUAGUUUAAACAGUAUCUCAGUACUGGUUCAAAGGUUCGGAAGACUUACAUGGUAUAAAGAUUUAGACCUGACCCUACCUACAGAAGCAUAUUUCAUCCCUAAUGAGUUUAUGAAUAAAAGUUUAGCUUGUGUCCACUUAAAAAAUAUACAAAAUGUCUCAAAGUGCUAUCAGAUCUGUUAUCAGAUCAGUAUAUAAACUGGGGGGAGUUGGCCGGGUGCCACUGAUCACAGCUCAGGGACAGGCUGGGCAUCGGUCAGUGGGUGGUGAGCGACUGGCCUCUGCAUCACUCAGGUUUCCUGGGGUUUAUUCCUCUCUGUGUCUCUUUCUCUACCUUUCAUUGCAACUAUUGUUUUUAUUAUUAUCAUUAGCAUUAUUGUUAUAUUUUACUUUCCUUCAGUUAUUAAACUGUUCUUAGUCCAU